CUUUCCUCUCUCGUGACACUAAAGUAGCUCCUUCGCCUAUUCUCUGCGGAGUGCGUCGCUACUUCUGCGCAUCCACGAUGUAAUCGACAAACUAUAUAAGACCCACUUCCUCUCUCGCGUUCCCUCGCCUUUUCCAUCCUCGAACCGCAGUCGCGCCGGGUGAAAGUUCGAAGCUUUCGUGCGUUGAUCAUCGGUGGUAUUGGCGUGCGAGCAACAGAGAACAGAGCGAAUUGAGCAGAGGGUGCUUGAUCUGCGCGUGCAGGUCGGGACAUACUUCGGAGGAAGAUCGAAUGUAUUUGGUGGCGGAUCACGGCAAUCAAGCACGAGACCGCGAUGGACUUUGAUCACAGAGAAGAUACUCAAAGGAAUUUCGUGGCAUCAUCUGGACGUUUUUCAAGCAAUGGAUUCCUUUACAACCUUCAGGAAAAUAGCAACACACACUCCGGGGUAACCAAGCUUAAGGAUGGAAUUAGAGGUCAGUCCGAUGGAGAUGUCGCAAAGAAAGUUUUGUCAAUUAGCAGAAGUGAACAUCCCAAUGGACCUAAUUAUCCUUACUACUAUGGCUGGCGGUAUCCCGAGUCUCAUCAGAUGCAGCCGCACCAAAUGAAUUCUUCUAAGGGUCAAUUUUGCUUUUUCCAUGGGGGGAAUGGCUUUCAUGGUUGUCCACCAGAUACGCUCUCUCAACGUUACCUCCCUGAGUACCAGUUCCAAGACUUUCAGUAUUUUGUGGUCAUAGACUUCGAGGCAACCUGUGACAAGGAAAAGAAUCCCCAUCCUCAAGAGAUAAUUGAAUUCCCAUCUGUUAUAGUGAGUAGCAUGACUGGCAAAUUGGAAGCAUGCUUCCAAACCUAUGUUCGACCAACAUGCAAUCAGCAUCUGAGUGAUUUUUGCAAAGAUUUGACUGGUAUCCAGCAAUCUCAGGUGGAUCGAGGUGUUACCCUGAGUGAGGCUCUUCUUAGUCAUGACAAAUGGCUUGAGAAGAAGGGCAUAAAGAACACAAAUUUCGCUGUUGUUACCUGGUCCAAUUGGGAUUGCCGCGUGAUGUUGGAAUCUGAGUGUCGGUAUAAGAAAAUUCGAAAGCCUUCUUAUUUCAACAGAUGGAUUAACCUAAAAGUCCCGUUCCAUGAAGUUUUCGGAGGUCUAAGAUGUAAUCUUAGGGAGGCAGUUGAGAUGGCUGGCUUGACCUGGCAUGGGCGUGCUCAUUGUGGUUUAGAUGAUGCCCAAAACACAGCUCGCUUGCUUAUCGUACUUUUGCACAGGGGAAUCAGAUUUUCCAUCACCAACUCGCUGACAUUGUAUGACAAUGACCGUACUCUGAUAUCGCAGCACUCGAUGCCUCCCCAUCAGCCACACACAAAGAAGGAUCUGCGGGAACCUCAAUCACAGUAUCAUCCUUGUUGUUUCUGUGGAAUCAAGAGCGGCCUAGGCUUUUUUCGGAACCCAAGUACAAGGCAAGGGAGCUUCUUCUUUUGGUGUGCAAAUUGGGCUGCUGCGAGACGUUACGGAUGCUGUUAUUUUCAAUGGGUGGCUUCUUGACUGGAUGUAACUUUCCUGAUUGACAUCUUCGGCUUUCUUAGGUGCUCCGUAUUACAUUAGGUAGGAACUGCAUUGGGAGCUUCCAUUUAAAAUAGUUGAAUGACUUUAUGUUAGUUUUUUAACUUGAUUGAAAGCAAAACAAAUCUAGUUCGGGAGCACACUGCGGUUGUAAGAUUACGAUACUGAUACAUAGGAAAACUGUGAUCUAUCGUUGAAGAACUCCCAUCUGUAAAGCUGA